AUGGCCGACUUCGACCGAAACGUGCUCGAGUUCUACGGGCUUACGAACCCGUACCCGACACAAUGGCCCGCCGACAAGGACAACAACACGGAUGACGAAGAUAGUGAGCAGGAGCAGCCAAAGGCCAAGCUGAAUCGCCGCAAGUCGAGGUACCAGGCUCUGGAGCGGGCGGUCAGCACGCGCGCAAGCAUCAUGUCAGGUUCCGAGAAGUCGGCGAGUGGCGUCAGUAAUCUGGUGCAGAAGGACGAGCCAGACCCUCUCGGCAGCACCGACAGCGUCGUGCGGACGCUGCGGAAACUCGGGGUCCCAGUCCAGGACGACGUAAGGCUUCGCAACCGCUUCCUGCUAUCGUCGACAAGCUUCACCCCGGCCCUGUUCCUCUCACAGAUGCACGCCAACGCCGACACGGAAGCUCUGCUGAACGGUCUCGAUGUCCUGUCGCGGUCAAUCGAUCAGAAGUCGGCAUCACUCAAAGUGCUGGUCGAGUCCAACUUUGAGAGAUUCGUGCGAGCCAAGGCCACCAUCGACAAUGUGUACAAAGAGAUGAAAUAUCGUGGUGCAGAGCCGCCGCCUUCGCCACGGCAGCAGAGAGGCCAUUCGCAUCAUGCAAGCCGGAACAGCUUCCGAAGUAGUAGCGGUGGUGCGGCCAUGAUGCAGCCACCAGUAACACCUACGACCACGGAUGGGCGGAAAAAGAAUGCGUUGGUCAAGGAAAGCGACUAUGGCGUCAUGGGCAUCAAGGCCCCAUUGCUGGACGUCUCCGCAAAAGCCGAAGAUGUCUGGGGUCCAGCCUUGGGUGGUCGAGAGAAGGAGGAGAACCUCAAAACCGUGAUGACCAGCAUGGAACGUUACCGGGAGUAUGUGGAGACGAGCUCGGCCAUUGCCGACAGCAUAAAACGCAAAGACUAUGAGGCACUGGUGGAGGAGUACAACAGGGCACGCAAGUUCGCCGAGGACGCUCGGAAGCUAGUGAAAGAUCUCGGGUCAACACCACCAAGCGAGACACAGACAUACCAGAUCCUCCUAUCAGCCCGUAUGUGGUAUGAUGUGGAGGAGCAGAUACAGCUGUUCAAGCGCGAUAUCUGGCGCCGCCUAACGUCGUCACAUAACUUCACAAAGACCGAUACUCUGUCUGGGCAAUCCCAAGAUCAGCACAUGGAGUUCAUAAGUAUACUACUCGAGCUGGGCGUCGAGGACAACCCCAUAUGGGUCUGGCUGUUGAGCCGAUAUGAUCACCUCAAGGGCAAGAUAAACGUGCUGGCGGAGAGAGCGAAAGUGGAAAUCGAGGUCCUUCGCCGACGCCUAGCGCACGGUGAGAAGCCAUCUCGACAGACUAUCGCGGCAAACCUCCGCAUACUCGGGCGGCAGUCCAUCGAGAGUAAUCCCGCCGGGCUGGACUCGCCAGACGUCAUCGAACUGUGGGAGAAGAUGCAAGGCUUUCUCAACGGACUGUUGUCUAUGCAAGGCGUCCUUGGAGAGGUUGUCGACUUCUGGCAGAUCGUGGACGGCUUCAUCGAAGGCAGGACACAGAAGUCGCUGCCCAGAGGCUACAAUGGAGAAUCUGAAGUGCAUCAUACACUUUCAGAACAGGGCAGAGUCGAUCUGUGUAAGGGCGCGGUCGAACUCGUGGACAUGAUCCGGACGCAUGUGUUUGAGUUCUUUGCCGGACCACCUCCAGAAGACAUUUCUCUACUGUUCUCGCCGCUGCCGCCGUCGCCAGGCACACCGAGAGGCGGUAUGACACCCUCGAUGCGCGACCCACGCUUCAAUUUCGAUGACAACAAUCUUCCUCCUCCAUCGCCCAAGAGGGGCGAAUCGUGGGAGAAGUUUGCUUUCUGGCCGCCGAACUCCAACUCGCUCAGUGGCGUGCACUACCUCUCCAAAAUGCUCGUGCUCGUAGGCUCGGGCGCUUCAGAAAUGGCCAGUAUGGCACCAGUGGCAAGAGACGACGGCAAGCAACUCGAGUUGCUCCGAAACAUGGUUGGCGCGGCACGCGAGCGUUGCGUCACCGCCCUCUGUGGUGCGUGGAAUGCCGAUGCUCAAAACAUCAAACUCGUCGAGGACUGGAGAAGAUCGAAAGAAAUGGGAGACGUGACGCGCAUGCCAGCGAGCUUCUCGGCCUUUGAGGGCGCGCUUCUUGCAGGCAUGCAAAAGAUUCUUUAUAUUUCAGAAGCCCAAUCCAAACCGGGCGCCAGAGAUAUUGUCCUGCCCCCUCCUACAAAGCUCCUGCAAAUGGUGCGAAGCCAGUACGUCACGACGCUGUACAAAGCCCUUAGCGGUAUGGUCGAAAAUGCCGAGCGGGCAGUCAAGAAGACGGACGAUGAGUGGGCAAAGGACCUUGAAACUCAGGACGCUUCCGGCACGGAAGCAUCUAUUCUGGUUGGCGCCGAGGCUGUCGACGCCGGCGAUCGAAACGUGCGCAUGCUGUUGACGUUAAGCAACCUGCAAGCCUUACGAUCACAAGUGGUCCCCAACCUGAAUGGGCAGUUCGAGAACGCGUUCUCGGUCAAGCUGACCGACGAAUCCAAGACUAUUCGUGAUGUCCUCGGGCAGAUCGACGCCCGGCUGUUCCAGACAUAUACGCGCCCUUCCGUCGAGUCCUUGCGCAGAAUCAUCCGCGCAGGCCUCGCCGACCCGUCGUGGUCCACGCCAGGCCGCAAGCCCACAGAAGUCAAGCCCUACGUCUACGACGCCCUGCUGACACUUGUCCUCGUGCACACGCAGGUGUCAACCACGGCACCGACGCUGACGAGCCAGGUGCUCUCAUACCUUCUCGAGCAGACGUCGCGCGAGCUCCUGGACGCCCUCAAGGCGCAGCACUCGCGCUUCGACCUGCCCGCCCUCAUGCAGGCCACCCUGGACGUCGAGUUUGCCGCGCAGACGCUGAGCCAGUAUACCACGGAGAAGGCCUCGACGCUGCAGGGCGAGAUAUACACCAUGCUCGACGCCAAGACGGACGACCAGGCCCGCGCCAGCCUCCAGCAGGAGCUGCCGGGGAUGCGCGAGAUCCUCAAGAAGCUCAGGGACCAGUCGAGGGGCGAGUUCGCCUGCUUCAAGCGGCCUCGCGGGACUACCUCGGCAGGCAACGGAGGCAGCGGCAGCGGCGGCGGCGGUGUUGGUGCAGGAGGAGCCAGGACCAACACGCCUGGCCCCGGUCCCGAUCCUAGAGCGUCUGGAUAG